UUUUAACUUCUCACCACUUCGACCAUGAACGAGUACAUCGAGGAGCACAUCAAACGGCAUGGCAGGCGGCAAGUGCUGCACGCAAAACGGCAUGCCGAGAAGGUCCAGCUCAAGAAGACGCUCAAGGCUCACGACGAACGCAAUGUAAAACAGAAGGACUCCUCCUCUGCACCGGACGGUGCACUUCCUACGUACCUGCUCGACCCGUUGUCAACCGCUAUCAAGGAGAAGCGGAAAGACAAGGCAGCAAAAUAUGCUGUCCCUCUGCCGAAAGUGCGUGGGAUUGCGGAGGAUGAGAUGUUCAAGGUUAUGCGGACUGGAAAGAGCAAGAAGAAGGCAUGGAAACGGAUGGUGACGAAGGCGACAUUUGUCGGGAGGGAUGGAAGGUUCAUCCGACCAAUGGCUCUGCGGUACAAGAAAGCAAAUGUUACACAUCGUGUGUCAUGGAUUCGCUUCCUGCUGAACUGGCUUCAUACUGGCGUCAAGAAGAACCCGCAGUCUCCGAUGUAUACUCAGUUGGGCGUACUCACGAAGGGUACAGUUGUCGAAGUCAAUUAUGCUCAGAUCACAAAUAACCCCGAGAACGAUGGAUGUAUCAAUGCUGUACUCCUUGUAUGAUGUCCUCACUCCUCACUCGACUCGUCGCUGUAUCUUACCCCACAUCACAUAUUUUCUGCAUCACCUGUUCUCGCACUCCUGCAUGUUCACUUUAUGUAGCUACCAUGUCGUCAUGCUAUGUUAUAUGUUUGCUUGACCAUUCAAACGACCAGUGCUCCGGGCUUCA